AUGCAGGAGUCUCCAGGUGCGGUUGGUGUGGAUGGCAGCUACACUAGUAAUGUUCCAGCCUUUCUAACUAAGCUGUGGACCCUGGUUGAGGACCCAGACACCAACCACCUUAUCUGCUGGAGUGCCACUGGGACUAGUUUCCACGUGUUUGACCAGGGUCGCUUUGCUAAGGAGGUUUUGCCCAAAUAUUUUAAACACAACAACAUGGCGAGCUUCGUCCGGCAACUCAACAUGUAUGGUUUUCGUAAGGUGGUAAACAUUGAGCAGAGUGGUUUGGUGAAACCUGAGAGAGACGAUACAGAGUUCCAACAUCUGUACUUCCUCCAGGGACAUGAGCACAUGCUGGAACACAUCAAAAGAAAGGUGUCCAUAGUGAAGAGUGAAGAGACUAAAGUUCGUCAGGAGGACCUCAGUAAGCUGCUGUACGAAGUCCAGCUUCUCAGGACACAACAGGACAACAUGGAGUGUCAGAUGCAGGACAUGAAGCAGCAGAAUGAGGUGCUGUGGCGGGAGGUGGUGUCACUGAGACAGAACCACACGCAGCAACAGAAAGUCAUGAACAAGCUGAUUCAGUUUCUGUUCAGCCAGAUGCAGUCCAACACACCCAGCACUGUGGGCCUAAAGAGAAAGCUGCCUCUGAUGCUGGACGAUGGCUCUCCCAGCCCUCCUGCCUCCAAGUUCAGCCAUAGUCACCAGAUGGAAGCCAUCCACGAGCCCUUCUACAUCCAGUCGCCAUCCAGUGAUACUGCUUCCUGCUCUGCUAGCGGACUUGCAGGAGGACCGAUUAUAUCCGAUGUUACUGAUAUGUCUCAGGCAAGCAUGGCUCUGCAGAUGCAGCCUGAUGAGACUAGGUAG